AUCUGCGUGCCUGCCUGCGCUCUGCCGUCCCCUGCCGCUGGGUCGCUGCUGAUGCCGAGCGGCGGAACGGCUCGGCUCGUGCGUUUCUACGUACGGCUGCGACCGCAGUUGCCGAGCUUCAAAGGCGAAUGAAACCGGAGAGCAGCUCGAAAAAAUAUGAUGACGGCAGGACCGAGCCGUCCUUUACCAUCCCGACAGCUGUAACGUCGGCGGAAAACGCUCGUGGAUUUGUCAGACGUGAGAAUGCGGCUGUGAAUCACGGAGGAAAUAUCCCUGGACCACUCCGCUCAGCCUCCCCAUCUGACUCCGCCGCCGCCGCCGCCGCAGCCGCUUCGCGCCGCCGAUGGUGACGAUGCUCUAAACGCAACCUGCCUGCGGUUCAUCCGGUUUGACCUUCAAGGCAUCACUUUGAGUGAGAUCUAAUCAUCAGCAGAAUGAUCGAGGAAGGCAGCAAACGAGGCAAGGCCAUGGUCGAGAAGAGACAGCUCUUCAUGGAAAUGAGAGCACAAAACUUUGACGUUAUCAGAUUGUCAACUUAUCGGACUGCCUGCAAACUCCGGUUUGUCCAAAAGCGAUGCAACCUCCAUCUGGUGGACGUCUGGAACAUGAUCGAGGCUUUCCGAGACAACGGGCUCAACACGCUGGAUCACAACGCCGAGAUCAGCGUGUCGCGGCUGGAGACGAUUCUGUCUUCUAUCUACUACCAGCUCAACAAGCGGCUGCCCACCACCCACCAGAUCAACGUGGAGCAGUCCAUCGGCCUGCUGCUGAACUUCAUGGUGGCCACCUACGACAGUGAAAGUCAUGGGAAGCUGACCGUUUUCUCAAUGAAAGCCAUGCUGGCGACGAUGUGCGGAGGAAAGAUUGUGGACAAGCUGCGCUACGUUUUUUCACAGAUCUCAGACUCGAGCGGAGUCAUGGCGUUCGCAAAGUUCGACCAGUUCCUCCGGGAGGUGCUGAAGCUCCCCACGGCGGUGUUCGAGGGCCCGUCGUUCGGCUACACGGAGCAUUCGGUGCGGAUGUGCUUCCCUCAGCAGAAGAAGAUUAUGCUGAACACAUUUCUGGAUGUGUUGAUGGCUGAUCCUCCUCCUCAGUGUCUUGUAUGGCUGCCGCUCAUGCACCGACUUGCCAAUGUUGAAAACGUCUUCCAUCCGGUGGAAUGUUCUUAUUGCCGGAGCGAGAGCAUGAUGGGCUUUCGGUACCGGUGCCAGCAGUGCCACGGCUACCAGCUGUGUCAGAGCUGCUUCUGGCGGGGCCACGCCAACGGCCCCCACAGCAACCAACACCAAAUGAAGGAGCACUCGUCCUGGAAGUCUCCGGCCAAAAAGCUGAGCCAUGCGAUCAGCAAAUCUCUGGGCUGCGUCCCCAUCGGAGAGCCGCCGCACCCCGUGUUCCCCGAGCAGGCCGAGCGACCUCAGGAGCUCACCCACACCGUUCAGCCGAAAGCAGCGACCAACAACAUGAACGACACAAUGCUCAUGUCCUCUGGUGCACCCACUCCUACCAAAAGUGUUUUGGAGAGUCCCAGCCGGUUAGACGAAGAGCACCGGCUCAUCGCUCGAUACGCUGCACGCCUGGCGGCUGAGGCAGGCAACUCCACACAACAGUGUCCUCCAACAGACCUGACUUUCAACUUCGACGCCAAUAAGCAACAGAGACAGCUGAUCGCAGAGCUGGAGAACAAAAACAGGGAGAUCUUGCAGGAGAUCCAGAGGCUCCGUUUGGAGCAUGAACAGGCCUCCCAGCCCACGCCAGAGAAAGCCCAGCAGAACCCCACGCUCCUGACCGAGCUGCGACUCCUCAGACACAGGAAGGACGAGCUGGAGAGGCGCAUGUCGGCCCUGCAGGAGAGCAGGCGGGAGCUGAUGGUGCAGCUGGAGGGUCUGAUGAGGCUGCUGAAGGAUGAGGAGCAGAAGCAGGCUUCCCAGUCUGGAGGUUCCCCUCAUUCUUCUCCGAGUCACGGUGCCGGCUGCUCCAUGCCCAUGCCCAUUCGCUCCACCUCGGCCGGGUCCACCCCGACUCACACACCGCAGGACUGCCUGGCAGGCGUGGGAGGAGACGUGCUGGAGGCCUUUGCUCAGGGUGUACCCAGAAACCUUCGGAACGAUCUUUUAGUUGCUGCUGACUCAAUCACAAACACCAUGUCAUCGCUGGUGAAAGAGCUCCACUCAGUGGAUGACGUGGCGGAGGACGACGAGACCAACAUGAGGAAUGGUGGAGACAGAGGUGGGUCCAGGCACACUGAGAGUACAAAAGCACUGAGGGGAAGAGAUCCCUACCCCGGCCUGCGAGGACAUCCGGUCAUCGACUGGGAAGACUCGGCAUCAGCAGGAAGCCCCUGGCAUUAGCACGUAGAGUAAUGCAUGCAUCUAAUCUAAAAAGUAAUUUCACUAUGUGAAAAAAAAAAAAGAAGUCGUCACACCUUGCGCCUAGCAAGAUGUGUCUAAUUACCAAGUGUGUAUGUUGUCCUGUAAACAAAACAAACAAAAAAAAACCUGCUGUAAAAUUACCAGAACAGUUUCCCUCCUGAGUGGGAAGAACAGCUUGCUGUGAUUUUUUUCCUCCCAUUCCAGCAGAUCGUCCUGUACAUAAACUACUGUAAACACACGGAGCCUUCUCACCAAGGAGACGGCUUUUUCUUUUUCUUUUUGAGUAGUUUACAUUUAUUUAUGAUGUUUGUUUUCUUUUCUUUUCUUUUUUUAGGUUUUUGCAUGAAUUUGCACUCAUGUCUGGAUUUAGUUACUGUACUGUACGACGCUAUGCCGGGUCUUUGAUGGUGUUGUGAAGACAGCUGUGGUGUCAGAAGUGUCCUCCAAAUUCAUGCUAGUUGUGUUUACUUGCACAGGGGAAAUUCUGGGACUGUGGUCUUGUUAGGAGGCACUAUUUAUUGAUACGUUUAUUUUUAAUUACUGUUUUUUUUUUUUAGAAUUUGCCUUACUGCCAUGAUUUAUGUGAUGGGGAGAGUCGGCCAGAGGAAUAAGCAAACGCCUGCUUAAGGUUUCUUCGCUUCUGCUGUGAAACCAGAAAUGUUUAUUCCCCUGAAUUUUCAUCUUUUGAUGAGCAUUUUCAUUUUGGUCUGAAAGAUUUACUCUCUCUUUCAGCACACAUGGUUCCAAAGAUGUGCUGGUGAUUUUAAAUCUUUUAACAGAAAAUGGAAAGUAUGAGGUAAGAGUUAUAUUAAACUGAUAAAGCUAACUUAUGAAGUUUAAAAAAUGUACCAGUUUUGAAUGCUUGAAAACCUCCCUCCCUAAAGCACCAUACAAAGGUUCAGGUUUUACUACAAGUUUUAUCUAGAAUACAUUUCUACCCUGGUAGUACAUUGUUACCCUUCUUUAUCAGUGGAAACAAAGGUGGGUAAUGUCAACCUAGUUUUUGGAGUUGAAAGUCACUGACUGUAAAACUACCACAGGCUCCUGUGAAACUUGUUACCUCUGAAAACCAGUUGUGAAAUGGUUAAAAUUGAUUUACGCGACUGCUGUCACGUGAUAUCAGCUUUAUUUAAAACAGAACAAAUGACAAGAGAUAAAGACAGGCUGGCGUUUGUAUAAAAACGUUCUCAUAAAUCUCAUGGCAAGAAAGCAAAUCAAGCUAAUUUACCUCAGUUCUAAGCUAAUAAUUUCAGGGAAUAAUGCAGUGCAAAAAUUCUUUGACAUUAGGGCCUUUUUUUUAUUCUAGUACUUAAGUGUGAAGAGCCAAAUAAAACCCUCGGCUGGCGUCCAGAAUAACCUGUGCAUGUGAACACGCUGGAUGAGUCUCGUACUACUCUGCUGCUAAUGUGCUCUCAGAGAGUAUGGCUCGCCAAACAGAGGGCUGCCGCGAAAAAACAAAACAAAAAAA